AUUCAUAUGUCUGCAUUACCGUACGGCACGCACUUUGAUGAUGUUAUGGUUAUAAUAGGCUUCGGUAAGGGGCAUUUGCAACUUUUGGUCACUUGUGGGCUACUGCUAAUGUUCACAAUCACCGAAACAAUGGGCAUGGCUAUCAUAGCACCAAAGAGCGCGUGCGAAUUCGCUAGUUCGGAGCAAGCAAAAGCGGCUAUACAGGCGGCAGCAUAUAUCGGCAUGAUCUUCUCAUCUUACAUAUGGGGUUAUUUCUGCGACAAAAUCGGAAGGCGAACGGUGCUUGUACGCAGUACCGCAAUGGCAAUCGUUUGCUCGUUUUCAUCCAUGUUAAUCACAAAUUUUUGGGUUUUUCUCACUCUCCGCUUUAUGACUGGCAUAUGUGUGGCUGGCCCUGGUUUCGCGGCGCUUACAUAUCUCGGGGAAUUUUGUACACCAAGAAAUCGCGCUUCUAUCAUUAACUAUAUGUGCAUGUUCAAUGGCGUUGCUAUGGUCUAUUGUCCUGGACUUUCCCAGUUAAUGGUGAAUUGGAAAUUGUAUAUACCCAUAAUCGGUAAUUUGAUAAUACGCUCUUGGCGCGUACUUGGAUUGCUAUUCUCAGUGCCUGGAUGGAUUAGUUUCUUAUUGCUUUUGCGACUGCCAGAAAGUCCGAAAUUUCUGCUGUUGGUUAAUAAAAAUGAAGAAUGCUCAGAAGUGUUAAAUUGGCUGUGUCUGCUUAACAAUGGAAAGACUUUAGAAGAUUUUGGUAUUGGUAAUAUGAGACCAUUGUUAAAAUCUGGAAUGACCCCAGCACCAAAUUUGUUUCAGGCAAUGGCCAAGGAGGUUGUACCAUUAUUCCGACAUCCUUAUGUGAAACGAUUCUUGCUCAGCUGCGUUGUUAUGUUCGGCUUGUUGCUCGUUGCCAAUGGGGUUGCAAUCUGGUUCACGGACAUAAGAAACCAUACUCUCACCUGGGAACAAGAGCAUAGAAAUAAGAGUAACGAAAUGGAUUUUUCGAUUUGCGAGGCGAUAAGCCAUAAUAAGAAAGUAGCCAAGGAGACAAUGGCAUGUAGCGAGGAUAUUUUGUCUUUUUGGGAUUCAAUUUUUUUGGGUGCUUCAUAUCUAAUUGAAUAUCUUUGCUUUGGUCUAAUGUUGUUGGUCGUUCCGAGAAAGCCCAUAUUUUGCAUAGCACUGAUGAUAUCUGGAAUCAGCGGCAUUUGUCUCCCGUUUGUGUCUAGUUUGAAUAUAAUACCUCCCACCUUUAUUCUCUUCCUUUCGAUACCCGCAGUUAUGACAAAUUUAAUGAACAGCGCGGUACUGGAAUUCAUACCUACUUUUGUAAGAGGCAAGGCGGUUUGCAUUUGUUUGAUAUUUGGCCGCUUUGGCGCAGUUUUUGGCACAACCAUUAUGGCUCAAUUGAUUGAGAGCUUUUGUUUUGAAGCUUUCAUGCUGUUCUCGUGUUUUCCAUUCGUUUGUGCGAUAUGCGGAUACUUUUUGCCUUUGGAUGAACACUUCUUUUAAAGCUACAUAAAUAUAUGAAAAUGUCAAUUACUAAUGCUG